CGCCACCGCAGCAUCCAGAGGAUCCACCACCGCCUCCACCUCCCAUCAUGCUCUUUGAGGACCCACCACUGGAUCCGCCACCGCAGCAUCCGGAGGAUCCACCACCACCUCCACCUCCCAUUAUGACCUUCAUCCCAGAAGAGCCACCGCUGGAUCCGCCACCGCAGCAUCCAGAGGAUCCACCACUACCUCCCAUCAUGCUCUUUGAGGACCCACCACCGGAUCCGCCACCGCAGCACCCGGAGGAUCCACCACCACCUCCACCUCCCAUUAUGACCUUCAUCCCAGAAGAGCCACCACUGGAUCCUCCACCACAGCAUCCAGAGGAUCCACCACCGCCUCCACCUCCCAUCAUGCUCUUUGAGGACCCACCACCGGAUCCGCCACCGCAGCACCCGGAGGAUCCACCACCACCUCCACCUCCCAUUAUGACUUUCAUCCCAGAAGAGCCACCACUGGAUCCUCCACCACAGCAUCCAGAGGAUCCUCCACUACCUCCACCUCCCAUCAUGCUCUUUGAAGAUCCACCACUGGAUCCUCCACCACAGCAUCCAGAGGAUCCACCACCGCCUCCACCUCCCAUCAUGCUCUUUGAAGAACCGCCACCGGAUCCCCCUCCGCAGCAUCCGGAGGAGCCUCCUCCUCCUCCUCCGCCGCCAGAGCUGAUAAUGAUCUUCUGGGCCGAUCCUCCGGAGGAUCCUCCACCGCAGCAGGAUCCACCUCCUCCCCCGCUGGAGGAGCCCUGGGACUGGUAACUGCCCCGGCAGCAGCAGCAGCAGCCGCAGCCGUGGCACCCGCUUUGUCUGGAGCACAUCUUGGAGCAGUGACCCUGCAAGAGAAAGUUUUUUACUCCAGGGCAGCCACCAGUUCUCACAAGAAUUUCCCAAGGCCUGUGACCCCAGUCCAGCCCAACACCACUUUGUUGUGUCCAGGAUCAUCUUUUAAAGAUUUUUAUCACAAAGUUGUCCCAUCUCCUUAUCCCAAAGCCAUUCCAUCUCCAUCUCAAUGCUGAUGAGAGACAACCUUCAGCAGCACGGGCUGAUCCUGCUUUUUCUUGGUCUGGUGGGACCAAGGCAUGCACAAGAGAUUUAAAUUCAUCCCAGCAACUUCCCUGCCCUACUACCACCACCCACCAGAUGUUUUUUUCCAAAACUUUUGCAUUUUGGAAGCAGGAAAGGAAGAGAAGAAUCCCUCUCUUGGGCAGACCUGGACUUACCCUUCUCGGCUCUGACCACGGACACCUCAGGGCAAAGCUGAGCGAAUGAAGCACCCCGAGAUCCACCAACUUUUAUACCGUUUUUCCUGAGUGGGAAGUGAGGCAUCCAAAGGAAUGGUGAUAGGUUUAUUUACCAAACAGACUCUCCUCCUCCUUCCCACUUGUCCUGACUCACUGGAUGCGGACGAUGCCUCUCCCGUGCAUCAUUUCCUCGGCUGCCCUGCAUCCACGGCAGAUCCCACACGUGAGCUCGGCUCCCGCAGUUGAAUUCCCAGGAGAGAGCCGAGCUCCGGGAGAAUCCACCACUUCAAGUGAUGGAGAUGGAAGGGUACCGGAUCCAUCAUCCCCCCUGUGCAGCAGCAUCUCCAUGGAUAUGGACCAAAAGGAUUAAUUCCUGCCUGUUUUGGGGAUGACUCUGGCAUUUCUGAAGAAGCAACAAGAUUUGAGGCUGUGCUGUGGCUCCUGCUGUCACCCUGAGAAUUUCUGUAAUUUGGAUCCUGGUUUUCUUGGUCCUGGGCCAUUUCUGGGUGCAGGGAUUUCUGACAGCAUGGUUCCCACCCCUCUGAAGUGGGACCCCAGACUCUGGCUUUGCUCUGUGCCAGCAAUGUCAGUGUUUGUGCAGUUCCCUGACACUGGAAUUUUAGCACCCUUGAUGACUUCCCAUAAUAAAAUCCAGGAAACUCGGC